AUGAAGACGCCGACGCAAUACACUUUCUGGAUUCUCUUCCUCCUGUUCACCUCAAUGGAUUCUUCCUCCGAGAUUCCAUCUCUUGGAGGUCCAGGAAUCGGAACCAACUACGGACAAUACAGCUCAAAUCUCGGAGGUAAUCUUUACAUUCUUUUACGAAUCGCGAGAAAACUGAUAGAUAAUUCUUCUACUAAGCUUUUUCGCUUGUUUCUUGAUCGUUUUCCAAUGACUUUUCCUGGAAAAUUCGAUAGAAAGAUCUUCUGUUACACUCUAAGUGAGUUUCUUGAUCGUCUUUUUCACGCUUCUUUAAAUCCAGCUCCAGAGAUCGGAAUCAACUACGGCCGUUACGGCACAAACCUCCCACCACCAGAAACAAUCCCAUCCCUCGUAACCUCCCUCUCCCUCAAACACGUCAAAACCUUCGACAUGGAUCCAAGAAUCACAACCUCCUUCGCCAACACAGGCAUCUCCCUCUCCCUCUGCAUCCCCAACAAAAACAUCCCUCUCCUCUCCACCAACCUCUCCGAAGCCGACUCACUCAUCCGAACCUCCAUCUUACCCUACCACAAAUCCACCAUCAUCACCUCCAUCUCCGUCGGCAACGAAGUCUCCCUCCUCCCUCAAUUCUCACCGCACUUACUCCCCGCCAUCGUCAACGUCCACCGAGCCAUCAAACGCUACAGACUCCACAAGAAGAUCAAAGUCACAACCACUCACUCCCUCGCCAUCCUCUCGCGCCGUUUCCCUCCCUCCACCGCGAGGUUUCAUGGAUCGUUCGGUGAGACGGUGAUGAGACCGCUUGUGAGGUUUUUGCUGAGGACGAAGGCUCCUCUCAUGGUGAAUGUCUACCCUUACUUGGCGUACAAGCAAUCUUUCCCUUCGAUUCCGUUAGACUUCGCUCUGUUUCAGAACGGGUCUAAUAAUAAGCGGAGGAUGUACAGAGAUCCGUACAGUGGAGUCGCGUAUACUAACUUGUUCGAUAUAAUGAUGGACUCGGUGGACUCUGCUGUGAAGGCUCUGGGGUUGCCGAAGGUUCCGGUGGUUGUUUCGGAGAUUGGUUGGCCGUCGAGUGGGGAUCGUGGUGAAGUGGCGGCUAGUUUGGAGAACGCUAGGGUUUUUAAUCAGCGGUUGGUUGAGCAUUUGAGGAGAAGGGAGAGGAAGGUUACUGUGUAUCUCUUUGCUUUGUUUGAUGAGGAUCAGAAGACUGGUGCUACUGUGGAGAAGCAUUGGGGGUUGCUGUAUGGUAAUGGGUCGAGGAAAUAUGAUCUGAAUAUAGUUUGAGUUGUCGUAAAAGGAGAAGAUUGUUUUGUAUAUGGGCCUAUUGUUUUGUUAUGGGCCGUAUAUCAACAUAUUAGUCAAUCGGGCUUUUUGUAAAUCAUAAACUGAGAUAAAAUUAGGAAAUAAA